AUGCCCGACGUGGAAGUGGAUGUUCUCGUCAUUGGUGCAGGUCCCACGGGUCUCGGUGCCGCAAAGAGACUGAACCAGAUCAACGGACCCUCAUGGGCGAUCAUCGACUCUAACGAGAUCCCGGGCGGUCUGGCCUCAACCGAUGUCACAAAGGAGGGCUUCCUCUACGACGUUGGUGGCCAUGUCAUCUUCUCUCACUACAAGUACUUCGACGACUGCAUCGAUGAAGCCCUCCCGAACGAGGAUGACUGGUUCACUCACCAGCGAAUCUCUUAUGUCCGCUGCCAGAAUCUCUGGGUACCAUACCCUUUCCAAAACAACAUCUCCAUGUUGCCCAAGGAAGAGCAGGUCAAGUGCAUGGAUGGCAUGAUUGAUGCUGCUCUAGAAGCAAGAGUUGCCAAUACCAAACCCAAGGACUUUGAUGAGUGGAUCGUGCGCAUGAUGGGCACCGGCAUUGCCGACCUCUUUAUGCGCCCUUACAACUUCAAGGUCUGGGCUGUACCUACCACUAAGAUGCAGUGCCAGUGGCUCGGAGAGCGUGUCGCUGCUCCUGACCUGAAGAACGUUACCAAGAACGUCAUUCUCCAGAAGACGGCUGGCAAUUGGGGUCCCAAUGCCACCUUCCGUUUCCCUGCGCGUGACGGCACGGGUGGCAUCUGGAUCGCGGUCGCCAACACGCUGCCGAAGGAGAAGACGCGAUUCGGCAAGAAGAACACGGUCAAGAAGGUGGACGCCGACGGCAAGCGCGUUCUUCUCGAGGACGGCACCACAAUCGGCUACAAGCGCCUCAUUUCUACGAUGCAGGUCGACUACCUUGUGGAUGCCAUGGGCGAUCAGAAGCUCCAAAACCUGGCCAGCGGACUGUUCUACAGCAGCACGCACGUCAUUGGUGUAGGCAUUCGUGGCAGCCGACCCGAGCGCAUUGGCGACAAGUGCUGGCUCUAUUUCCCCGAAGACGACUGCCCCUUCUACCGGGCAACCAUCUUCUCCAACUACUCGCCGUACAACCAGCCACAGGACAAUGUCAAACUGCCGACUCUGCAGCUCGCCAACGGCUCCCGGCGUCAGAGCAUGCAAGCCAAACCUGGCCCGUACUGGUCCAUCAUGCUGGAGGUGUCGGAGUCAAGCAUGAAGCCCGUCGACCACGACAAGUUGCUCAAGGAGUGCAUUCAAGGUCUGGUCAACACCGAGAUGCUGAAGCCCGAAGACGAGAUUGUUUCGACCUACCACCGUCGCUUCGACCACGGCUACCCAACUCCCACUCUGGAGCGAGAGGGUGUGCUCAAGGAGCUUCUCCCUGCGCUGCAAGCCAAGGGUAUCUACAGCCGUGGACGAUUCGGCAGCUGGCGUUAUGAGGUCGGCAACCAGGACCACAGCUUUAUGCUGGGCGUGGAAGCGGCCGACAACAUCGUCAAUGGCGCCGCCGAGCUCACACUCAACUACCCUGACUUUGUCAACGGCCGCAAGAAUGAUGAGCGUCGCUUGAUCGAAGGUGCACAGCUAUUUGGCAAGGAAACCGACAACGUUACCAAAGGCCGACGGAUGACGGGGGGUAAGGGCACCUUGGGCGGUACAUUGGAGACACUCCAAGUCAAUGGCGGGCCGCCGGCCAAGAAGGAUGGCAAUUCGCGAGUGCUGGACAAGCAAUGGUGA